CUGUCCUUCAUAUUGAACAUCUUUUCUCCGAAGCGGAAGCCGGAAGUGUUUAGUUGUCAGCAACAGUUGCUGUUUACAGAUUUGUCGCUGUGGUUUCUCUGUGUUUAUGUUUCUGACUCGUCUCUCUGUUUCUAACGUGACAUUUUAUCUUUUAUUAACUCUACUUUCGCGCCGUUACUUUACUCUUUCCCCGAGUUUUAACCGUCCAGCAUCUUCGGUUACCCGGAUGAUGCCGGAGCGGGAAAGUUUGAAAGUGGCUAACAGCUAACGGCUAACAGUAUGUUGUCCCAGCCGGGCUCCAGUCCGGAUCAGUCCGCCUGUAGCUCCAACACCGGGGACGUUUUGAUCCGGAGCACUCAGGUUCUUGUCUCGGGUCAGAGACCCGAACCGAAUCUGAGCUCCGGGGCAGAGAACCAGCAGCAGCGGCCCAAGUCCCGACAGAAGCCGGACAGAGCUGCUCCUCUGCGGGCAGCAGCUCACGCUCAGCCCGACAGAUUGAAGAAACCUGGACCAACCAAAGAGAACCGAGAGCCCAGAAGACGAGUAAGUCCAGUCAGGAAGACACACAGCGAUCAGCAGCCUGGUCACGAUCUUCUGACGUCACAUUUCACGGCUGGCAGUCGGGGAGUCGUGCUCGCAGCUCUGAAACAACGGUCUCACAGCGCCCCCAACAGGAGGGAGGUCAGUGUGCAGCUGUUGGACUCAGGGCCGCUCCAGACCGGCUCCCAGGACGCUCCCGGCCCGAGCACCAGCUCCCAGGAUGCAGUGGGGUUGGCGGGGGUGCCCUCUGGUAGCCUUGGAGAAGCCACCAACGCAGCAGCUGCAGCAGCUGUCGCAGCCGCUGCUCCUCUAAUCAAGGCUCAGUCAGAUAUGGAGGCUCGAGUCUCUCAGCUGGUAGAAGGAGUUCAGCAGCUGCUGCAGGCUGACAGGGAGGGCGUGGCCAGGGGGCGUGGCCUGAGCCAGCAGACGCUGCAUCACCUGGAGACGCUGCACAGCCAGCAGCUGCAGAGCCAGCUGCUGGAGUCGGCCCUGCGGAUGCUGACAGGCCACACCCCCGUGACCUCUGACCUCACGGCUUCAGGUCUGCAGGUCACUCACCUGCCGGACGCUGCAGGAAAUGUCCUUAGCAACCAGAAGCAAGGUUCCUCGGCAACCAGAGCUCCCGCCGCCUCCGUGGAGACCGGCCCAGUUGCCAUGGCAACACCCCACCGUGACCGAUGGCCAGAGCAAAUCAGAGAUGACUGGUAUCACAGAGGGGCUCCCGGUGUUUCCACGGCAACCCAGCCGGCUGCAGGAAGUCACCAGCGGACCUCAGCCAAUCACAGUCAGGCGGCGGCGAGGAGAGCCAAUGAGAUGCUGAGGGAGAUGAGACGUUUGAAGACGGAGAUGAAGACGCUGCUGAACCCAGAAAAGUCUCCGAGAACCACCAGACCUGGACCAGACCACCACCACUCCCAACCAACCCACUUACAAUCCCAGUCCCUUCAAGGUCCUUUCCUACAAUCACAGUCCCAACAAAUCCAGUUCCAACCAACCCACUUACAUUCCCAGUCCCAACAAAACCCCUCUCAUCCAAACCGUUUACAAUCCCAAACAUCUCAGACCCAGUCCUCCCAGCAGCCCCAUCAGUCCCAGUUCUCCCAGCAGCCCCAUCAGACCCAGUCCUCCCAGCAGCUCCAUCAGUCCCAGUUCUCCCAGCAGCCCCAUCAGACCCAGUCCUCCCAGCAGCUCCAUCAGUCCCAGUUCUCCCAGCAGCCCCAUCAGACCCAGUCCUCCCAGCAGCUCCAUCAGUCCCAGUCCCAGUCCUCCCAGCAGCCUCAUCAGUCCCAGUCCCAGUUCUCCCAGCAGCCCCGGAGGAGGCCCGUGGUUCCGUCCAUGUUGGAGGAGGCGGGUCUGGUUCUGCGUCAGGUUCGGAGACAGAAGAAGGUUCUGGAGGAGAACCUGGAGUCUCUGAGAAGAGCCAAGACCGGAGAGGUUCUGCACUGCCAACUGGAGGCUCUGGCUGCUAACAGAGACUGGACUAAGGAGGUCCGGAUCAAGAAGACGGUGGACGCCUGGAUCAACUCUUCAACCAAACACAUCCAGGCCGAGAUGUCCUCGGAGGACGCUGCGAUCGAACAUGCGGCGGCGGUGACAUCACAGCAGAGGGCUGCUGAAAGCUCCGCCCACAAAGGUCGGGGGAGGCCAGUGAGCGCGUUCAGAGGAACAGGAAGUAAGACUGCUGCGGGGAGUCUUACAACAGGAAGUAAGACUGCUGCGGGGAGUCUUACAACAGGAAGAAGAAGAGGACAGACAGCUGGACACAGACCGGCGCCGGGGGCGGAGCCUGAGGCCGCGGCCAGCGAGGCGUACCUGCUGCAUCUGUACGGCCGGGCGCCGUACGACGGUCUGAGGCGAACGCUGAAGAAGAGUCCGUACCUGCGCCUCAGCUCUCCCGCCUCGACACUCGGCAGGAAGUCCCGCCCCCGGCUGGUGGAGAGUGUCACAGGUGUGAAGCUGAAGUCCUGUAAGACUCAGACGUGUCUGGCUCCGCCCCUCACUCCGUCACCUGGACAACCCCGGCCUCAUGACGUCAUCAUCGGCGCAGGUGUUGCCAUGGCGAUCCCACUGGGUCGUCCCAGGAUUGACUCAUCUUCCAGGCGUCAACAGGAAGUGACAUCACCACUCACAGCUCCUCCCACAGCUGGCGCGGUUGCUGUUGACGACGAGGACGGAGCGUCCGAGCGACCGUCUCAGGUGCAGCUGGAAGCUCCACCCCCUGAUGACAUCAUGAGGAUUGAGCGUGAAGCUCGGCCCCCUGAUGACAUCAUGAGGGUUGAGCGUGAAGCUCCGCCCCCUGAUGACAUCAUGAGGAUUGAGAGUGAAGAAGAAGAGGACGAAGACGUUUUCCCUGGAACUGACUUCCUGUCUGUGGCUGAUGUCGUCGUCCAGCAGGAGGAUGUGUGUGUUGUGGAGUUGGAUGGAGGUCCGUCCCCCCCUCUGGUUCUGUAUCAUGGUCCCGUGUUCCCCCCCCAGCCCCGUGCGGCGCUCCCUGCCCAGGAUCAGGCCCCCGUCCUGGGACUCAACCUGCAGAGAGACGCCCUGGAGACCCGCAUGCUGGAGUGGGUGGAGCAGCAGCUGAUGUCCAGGAUGAUCUCAGAGAUGUACCGCCCCCCUCCCUCUGACCCCGCCCACAACCACUCCGUCGACCAAUCAGACUCCGAGGAGCGGAGCGUCACCUCAGACAUCGUGGAGGCAGCAGGAGGUGGAGGUCUGCAGCUGUUCGUAGACUCCAACGUGUCGGUGGACUCGGCUCUGAUCCGGCAGCUGGUUAACGAGGUUCUGACGGAGCAGGUGGCCCUGAUGCUGGGCCAGAGAGACUCCCUGGAACCAGAACCAGAACCAGACCCAGGACCAGGACCAGGACCAGGAGAACAUCAGGAGGAAGAACCGGUUCCUCUGGUUCAGACACCGGUGCCGACACCCCCGCCCAGCCCGGCCCCUCCCAGCAGAGAGGCCCCGCCCCUGGCCACGCCCCCUCCUUCUGAACCAACCAGCCCGCUGAACAGCGAGCCUCCUCAGCCAAUCACAGCUCCAGAGCACAUAGCCACGCCCACUUCCAGCCCAGAGCCCGCCCACUCCACAGGAAGUCCUCCUGCUGUCCCUCAAGCCCCGCCCCCUCUCACCUGGGGCGACUCUGAGCUGCCAUUGGACGAGGAGAGACCAGAAGAAGACGUGGACGCACGCACACAGCUGCUGGUGAUGUCUGUAGCAGAGGAGGAGCCUCCUCUCUCCUCCCCUCUUCCUUCCCCCUCCCCGUCUCUCCCCCCUCCCCCCGGUCCUGAACCUGGACCAGCGCCAGAACCAGCGUCCCCGUCUGACUCCUCCUCCUCAGACUCCUCCUCCUCCUCUAGCAGCGUCUCCACGGCGACCGUAGCGACCGAAGCAGCGCUGAAACACAUCUCAGAGGGAGAGCUGCUCAUCAGUGUCAACCAGCUGGCUGCCACCACAGAGGACGGGGCUGUCUGCAGUUUCUCCAGCUCUCUCCAUGAGCUGCAGGACAUGGACUUUGACCCCCCCAGUGAAGGACAGUUCGGAGGUCACGACCUCCUGCUGACCAAGACACCCCGAGGAGAGAGACCACAACCAGAGGGCUCCUGGGGGAGAGAGGAGGAGGAGGAGGAGGAGGAGGAGGAGGAGGAAGAAGAAGAAGAGGAGAGUGUGGGGGAGGUGAGAGACCACAGGACUACAAACCCUCACAGGACUACAAACCCCAGCAGUACAGCUGCCCGGCGGGGUCAGAGCUCCUCCCCAGGACAGAUCAGUCCGUGUGCAGAUGGGUCGGACGUCAGCUGUGAAGCCACCAAUCAGGGCUCGGUUGCCAUGGAGCCAGGCGGUACCCUGACCUCUGACCUCGACCUAUCACUGUCUCCUCCUCCACACACACAGCUCAACAGACAGACAGCUGAGCAGCAGGGAGGAGGCCGGAGGAUGGAGGUGUACCUUCCCUCCGUCACAGCACAGGACCGAGACGCAGACACGUCCUCCUCCACCGACAACAUCUUCUAAAAGUAGUCCGUCAUCGUCUCGCUUCAACUCGCUGAUAAACACGACCAAUACACGCAUGUUUUUACACUGUGAUAAAUGUUGUUAAUAAAGUUUUACCUUAAAAUGUUAA